AGAGACAAACGCCUCUAUCAGUCCCAUCCUCCCAAGCAGCCUCAUCUAGCACCAUGCAGUUCAAGUUCUUGUCCACCGUUGCUCUUGCUACCCUCGCUGUCGCUGCGCCAGCUCCCACCGACCCUACCCCCAUCCCUCCCAGCCAAUGCAACACUGGUCCCAUCCAGUGCUGCAACACGGUCACCCAGGCGUCUAACCCCGUCGCUGGCCUCCUCUUGGGAUUGUUGGGCAUUGUCCUCCAGGACCUCAACGUCCUCGUUGGUCUCACCUGCAGCCCAAUCAGCAUCAUCGGCCUUCCUGGCAACAGCUGCAACGCCCAACCCGUUUGCUGCCAGAACAACAACUUCAACGGCCUCAUUGCCAUCGGCUGCACCCCCAUCAACAUCAACCUCUAAGCGCACACCUAUCAAGUCGAGGGUGCUCGAGGUCGCCCUCCGCAUGGUCCGAGUCUUGCAUGAAAUAAAUCAUAAAUAAAUACAUCCUGGUGGAUUUACUGUGUUGUAUUACUGGUUUGGAUCUGUACCUCGUAGUCACUCUUUGUUGUUGCACGCACCAAUGUGGUUGUACCAAGAGAUAUAGUUCACCAAUCCGUAUUUUGACUCUAUUGAGCUCCUCA